AUGGCUACCACCAGGAGUGUUCAACGCUUGCAACAGACGCUUUCGCACGUCCUGCCCGCAACGGCACCGCUGCAGUGGUCCAUUGUCGCGGGUCCGACGCACCCGCAGCUGUUGGACAUUACUCUAGGGGAGUUGCUGACCCUGCAGGCUCUACAGUACGGCGACUAUGAGUGCCUGGUAUUUCCCUGGACUGGGGCACGGUGGACGUACGCCGAUCUAAGGGACGAGGCCGACCGACUCGCUCGGGGAAUGCUAGCCAUGGGCAUUCAGAAGGGCGAUCGUGUCGGCGUCAUGGCAGGCAAUUGUGAACAGUACAUAUCUGUCUUCUUUGCGGCUGCCCGCGUGGGUGCCAUUCUGGUGGUGCUCAACAACACCUAUACCCCCUCCGAGCUGUACUAUGCUCUGAAUCACAGCGAAUGCCGACUGCUCUUCAUGACCCCGCGCAUCGGACGCCAUAGCCUCGAAGAGGUCCUGGCCGAGCUGGGUCCCCGGCCCAAGCAAAACGGAACCUCCGAGUCGCUCGAGGAGAUCGUCAUUGUGCGCGGCGACCACGGCCACUUUUCCACCUACGCCGACGUGAUCAGUCGUGGUCUUUCGCAGGCCGCCCAUGUACUUCAGGAUCGCGAGGCCGAAUUGCGCCCGGGUGAUGUAUGUAACCUGCAGUUCACCAGCGGCUCGACGGGUAACCCCAAGGCGGCGAUGUUGACGCACCAUAACCUCGUCAACAAUUCGCGCUUCAUCGGCGACCGCAUGAACCUGACCUCCUUCGACGUUCUCUGCUGCCCGCCGCCACUCUUCCACUGUUUCGGGCUGGUCUUGGGCAUGUUGGCCGUCGUCACCCACGGCUCCAAGAUUGUCUUUCCCAGUGAGACCUUCGACCCCAAGGCCGUGCUGCACGCCAUUUCCGAUGAAAAAUGUACCGCCCUCCACGGUGUGCCCACGAUGUUCGAGGCCAUUCUCAGUAUUCCCAAGCCGUCCAAUUUCGAUACCUCUAACCUGCGCACCGGCAUCAUUGCGGGCGCGCCCGUCCCCCGACCACUUAUGAAGCGCCUCCUGGAGGAGUUGAAUAUGACCGAAUAUACGAGUAGCUACGGCCUUACCGAAGCCUCCCCCACCUGCUUCAAUGCCUUCGCCACCGAUAGCAUCCACACACGUUUGACCACCGUGGGUAAGGUAUUGCCUCACGCUCGCGCCAAAAUUGUCGAUGCCAAGGGCAACAUCGUGCCGGUGGGCCAGCGGGGCGAGCUCUGCAUCGCCGGAUACCAACUCACCAUGGGCUACUGGAACAACCCGGAGAAGACCGCCGAGGCGCUCGUCACCGAUGCCAACGGCGUCACCUGGCUCAGGACCGGUGACGAGGCCUCCUUCAAUGAGAACGGCUACUGCAGCAUCACCGGUCGCUUCAAGGAUAUUAUCAUUCGGGGCGGCGAAAACAUUUACCCCCUCGAGAUCGAAGAGCGCCUGACGGCACACCCACACAUCGAUCUGGCCUCCGUCAUCGGUAUUCCCGACCAUAAAUACGGCGAAGUGGUCGGCGCCUUCGUCCAGAUCACCCCUGGCCACACCCGCCCCACGGAUGACGACCUUCGAGCUUGGACGCGAGAAACCCUCGGUCGGCACAAGGCACCGCAGCACGUGUUUGUGUUUGGUGAGGAGGGAGUCCCCAGCACGGUCCCCGUCACGGGCAGCGGAAAGGUUCGGAAGGUGGAGCUACGACAGAUAGCGACCACGGCGCUGGCUCAGCGAAGCCAGUAG